UGUUUAUCGUUAAGAAUACUUUUAGCUUCUUUUGAGAUUUUGCGUUUCUUGUACUCAAGACUUUCCAUUUUCACGUUAAAACCCCAUCAAAAAAUGACUACAACAAUUCCUGGUUCGUUGGUUAAUAAGACCAAAAAGCACUUUAUGGGAAUGUCCGCCCCAGCUGGGUAUGUUGCUGGUGUUGGAAGAGGUGCUACUGGAUUUACUACGAGAUCUGAUAUUGGACCUGGCGUUGAUUUGCCCGCUGAUCCUGGGAUGGCUGGGGCGGCAGCGGCCGGGGCUACUCCAGCUAAAAAGCCGAAAGAUGACGAUAAUGAUGAGCCUGAAGAUUUGAAUGACGCUAACUACGAUGAGUUCGAAGGUUAUGGAGGAAGUUUAUUCGCAAAAGACCCUUAUGAUAAAGAUGACCAAGAAGCUGACGAAAUUUAUCAUGCUGUCGAUAUGAGACAGGAUGAACGUCGAAGGGAUUAUCGAGAGAGAAAGUAUAAAGAAGCUGUCGAAAACUACAGAAAAGAAAGGCCCAAAAUUCAACAACAAUUUAGCGAUUUGAGAAGACAAUUGGCAACAGUCAAGGAGGAGGAAUGGGCAUCAAUUCCUGAAGUUGGUGAUAGCAGGAAUAGAGCAAAGAGGAAUCCGAGAAUGGAAACUUUCACCCCUGUGCCCGACUCUGUUAUCGCUUCAGCAAUGGGCUACGGACAAAUGAACACAGUAAUGGAUUCAAGUAUCCAAAAUGGAAUUUCUACUCCUUAUUCUGGUUUUCAAUCUUCUUUGGGUGGCGGCUUUCAAUCAACUUUUGGAGGAUUCCAAUCAAUUUUAAAUCCUGGUUUGGUCACUCCAGGUUGGAAGACGGGGACAGGAACUUCUUCAGAUUUGGAUUUACGCAAAAUUGGACAAGCAAAAAAUCGGAUUAUGGAUAUUAGACUUAACCAAGUUUCGGAUUCAGUUUCUGGUCAAACUGUGGUAGACCCAAAAGGUUAUUUAACUGAUCUUCAAUCAAUGAUACCUCAAUUUGGAGCGGAUAUGCAAGAUAUCAAAAAGGGUCGAAUGCUUCUGAAGUCCUUGCGUGAAACAAAUCCAGAAAAACCUCAAGGUUGGGUAGCCUCUGCACGUUUAGAAGAAGCUAGCGGUAAAUUACAAGCAGCGAGGAAUUUAAUAAUGGAAGGACUUGAAAGGAUUGAUAAAUCUGAAGAUUUGUGGCUUGAAGCAAUUCGAUUACACCCUCCUAAUGUUGGAAAGAAUAUUGUUGCCAAUUCUGUUCGUGCUCUUCCCCAUUCAGUCAAAAUUUGGUUAAAAGCUGCUGAUCUUGAAAUUGAUGUUAAAGGCAAAAGAAAAGUUUUGCGUAGAGCUUUGGAAAGUAAUCCCAGCUCAGUUCGUUUAUGGAAAGCCGCAAUAGAUUUGGAAGAUCCUGAAGAUGCUCGAAUGCUUUUGUCUAGAGCUGUUGAAUGUUGCCCUUUAAGUACUGAAUUGUGGCUAGCUUUAGCGAAAUUGGAGACUUAUGAAAAUGCUCAAAAGGUUUUCUUUCUUGAAACAAGAGUUGGUUUUGGACUCCCUGUCCUUAUCGAUAAUUUUUAAUUCAUUCCACGGUCCAAAUUCCGUCAUGCGCUCCCCGAAAAGGUUCUCC